AUGAAAGUGUUUANGUUGGCGGCGCAGGACGUGGCGCAGCGCUGCAAGGAGCUGGGCAUCACCGCCCUGCACAUCAAGCUGCGGGCCACCGGAGGCAACAGGACCAAGACUCCUGGACCUGGAGCUCAGUCGGCCCUCAGAGCUCUGGCUCGAUCCGGGAUGAAGAUCGGACGAAUCGGUACGUACACACCUGCUUUAAGGUGCACGCUCAGGUGUGCUCACCUGUGGGCCAGGAGCCAAUCAGACGCAGGUGCUCUGAACUAACUGACCUGACCCUAG